GAAGCAAAAUGCAGACAAUGAAAUUAAUCAGUAGCAAUCCCUUAAUAAGCAGUUAUGCAAACAUUUUUGGAUUCAACAAUAUCAACUUUAAUAAUCUACAAAUUCUUCGAUGGAAGCGAAAACCUAUUUGGUUACCAAAAGCUAAGAGUAAACUCUUUCGAUUAUCAGAGAGGGCAGUAAUACCCAAUGAUGAAUUACUUGAAAUUCGAAGACUUUAUAAUAAUUACAGAACUUAUUACCGUUCAGUCAGAAAAUAUUUUAUACAAACUACAAAAGAACUAGAAACACGAUAUGAAUCAUCAUUUAUUCAACAAAUGGAGGAUAAAGACUUUGAUAUUAAUUUUAAAAUCAAUGAAGAAUGGAAUAAAAAUAUUGCCAAUCAACGAGAAGUACGAUUACAAUCAGAAAAAGAAACUAAGAAAUUAAAAGUUUUGGAAGCACUUCAGAGGAAACAAGUAAGAGAAGAACAAAUCAAUUUCGAAGUUGAGAAAAAAAUACAAGAGCUGAAAAAGAUAACUCAUAAGUUCAUAACACGAGAGAAUAUUGAUGUUGUACUUAAUGAAGUACUAAACACAACUAUUGAUUAUAAUAAAGCUCUUGAUCUUCAAGGAAACUGGAUAGAAAAUGAAAAUGAAUGUACUGAAAUAAAAAAUAAAGCAGAUAAACAGACAAAAUAAUAUAAU